AAAGGGAGGCUGGUUGUGAAGGGAUCAUCAGGGGAUACGCAUAGGCUACACAGACACCUCCGCUGCUGCCUGAUAACUUAUAGUAAAUGGUAUUUUCCAAAUUAAAAGAUGUAAGGCAAUAUAUAGAUUGUCAUGGAUACUUAGCAAGAUACGGAGAGUGGUACUAUAGCGCUGUAUAGCUGGCCAGUGAUCUUUGUGGUAGGCCAAUUUAUGUUUCAGUAAUCAGGUUUGUGUCAGGACCCAGCUGGGGGUAAGACCUGGUUAAACACUCAAAUCUGAUCGGAACUUGUUUUUGCGAUCAGCUGGUGAAUUUAGGCUAUUUACGCUGAAUGAACUACAUCUUUCAUCCGUUAUGGAGAAAUAAAGCAGAGCCUUAUUUCCAACCAAUAUUAUAAAAAAACAGCGUGUGUGAGUGUUUUUGUUUUGUGCGUUGAUGCGUUGCGUGAAUACCUACGUGCGUGUUUGGUGUGUAAUCUAAGUGGGGCAGAACAUAUCCUCGGCUCUUGAGGCAGACUGUCAUUCGAUGGUGGCUGCGCGCGGUUACCCUACACGCUACAGACAGUUCUUACUCGAUCGCGGUAAGGACUGCGCUGGAAUCUCUCCGGUCCUCCGCCAGGGAUGUGCAUCUGGGCACCUCGGGACAGCCAAUCGUUACCAUCCUCAACCUCUCUCCCUCCGUGGAUUUAAUCCGACCGGUUCCGAUUUAACGGGAUGGCUGGCGCCAAGAGCCUUCUGAAAAUGCCGAGUAAUUUCCAGUUGUCAGCCAUGUUGGAAGCGUCGGCUGAGGCUGACGGGGUCAGCAGCAUCACCUCAGACACCACCCUGGGCUCCUCCAUCACCGCCUGCAAGAAGGUGCUGUGCAGCAACAGUCUGCUGGACUCUAGUGAAUACUGGCUGAGGAACAACAAGGUGCUGUGCAGAGUGAGCCUGCUGGAGGAAGACUUUGACGGGAGCUGCACCACUAUCUGCUUCGUGAAUCUGGACCAGACCAAGGUGUCUCAGCACGAUGACGGCCGUGUCAAGAAGCUGGCCUCGGUCUCUCCAGAUCUACCCAAGCUCAUUGGUUCCCUGAGUGUGCGCCUGCCCAAGGAAAAUGAGAUCCUCCUGCUAAGUGGGCUGGAGGCUCCUGACAGCUGUCACCCAGACCCUUCCCAAACCAGGAGAGGUGCAGAUGUGUGUCUGGUGCAGUGUGCCGGGGGCCCGCGACCCAUUGAAGCUGACAGUAUCAUAUUUGAGAUCAACAAGUUCCUGAUUGGGCUGCAGUGGGGUCAGGACAAACAGCCCAUGGGUAGAGGGGCGGGGCCCCGUCUGGACGAUGACACCAACCGUUCCAUCUCAUCCAUAGAGGAUGAUUUUCUGACGGCCUCGGAGCACCUGGGGGAUGACAGCGAGGACGAUGGCUUCAAGAAUGAGCCUGAGAGCAGAGAGGUGGCAGGGAGCCGGGCAGAGACAGCCCACAGGGGUCGGCCCGCGGGUCAGAAGGCACGCCUGGACGAGCGCCAGGACAGCGAGGAGUCUGAGGCGACCAUCUGUGCCCCGGCGAAGAAGAGAGGAGCUCAUCCAUGCAGCCGCUACACCAAGGAGUCCGCCGGCCACUACGCAACCAACCUGGCCGAGUCGGUUCUCCAGGACGCCUUCAUCCGCCUGUCUCAGGACGAGCCCUCUUUCGUCCCGGAGGUCGCUAGGAGCAUGUCCCUGAACAGUCACCCAAUCCCCUUUCCCCAUCCCCAAGCCUGCCCUUUUGAGCUCCCCAAGAUCGUAAUCGUACAAAGCCCAGACAAUGCCGAGGGGUCACCGGAGUGGCCAGGACCUCAGGCCUCUCAUCUACCGGCUGACCAGGUUGGCCCUCCCCAGGUUGGCCCUCCCCAGGCUGGCCCUCCCCAGGCUGGCCCUCCCCAGGCUGGCCCUCCCCAGGCUGGCCCUCCCCAGGUUGGCCCUCCCCAGGCUGGCCCUCCCCAGGCUGGCCCUCCCCAGGCUGGCCCUCCCCAGGCUGGCCCUCCCCAGGCUGGCACAGCAGAGCCACACAGGAAACGUGGCCGGAGCGGCCACACCUCCAAGCCCCUGGAAGUGGCCCUGGCAUGUGCAGCCAGCGUCAUUGGAAUCAUCACCAGCCCGCAGGCUACAGAGCAACUGACCCUAGAGCCGGAGGAGGAGGACCCAGGAGGAGAAGGGGAGGAGGAUCCAGGAGGAGAAAGGGAGGAGGACCCAAACGGCACUGACUACUCCUUCUCCUCUGCCAUGUGUGGCAUGGCCCAAGUGGCGGGGGCGAUAGCGGUGGUGGAUCUGACCGAGGAGUCUGGCGAAGGCUGCGAGUCAGACGAGUCCUCUGAGGCGUACUCUGCCUCGCGCGGCCUCAUGAACGCAGCGCAGGCGUCCACCGCCGUGCCCCUCCACUGCAGCGUGGCCGAGGGCAGUAGCAUCGAGAGCUUCAGGGCCAACAUUGCUGAGGUCCUCCACAAAGAGGCCGCAGAGGUCCUGGCCCAGCCUCAAGGCUACAGGAGUCUAGCUCACCUGCUGGAGACCACACACAACAAGAUAGUGGAUGGCAUCACGUGUCCCAAGAAGUCCUAUGUGGAGGAGACAGAGGUUGACGAUUUCAUCACCGAGGUGGCAGACAGCCUCUUCAAGCACGCUCUAGAGAAGGCGAAGAAGAAAAAAGAACUGGAGGCCCCGGGCAAAGACGUCCCAAACCUCCAGGGCUUUCUCCAAGAAAGGGUGAACAGUUUGCUCUUUGACGUCCUUUGUCUUGCAUCAAAGAAAAUCGGUGACAUUUCCAAGUGUAAUCUGGGGUCCGUCGACUCACAGGAGGGGGACGCCUGCUUCAGAUCCAACAAGGAGCGUAGGGAUCCAUUCAGCCAAUUGCAGCAAUUCACUGGCUCCCAGCAACCUGACCAUAAUUCGAACCUGACCGGAAUGUUCCACCACACAGAGAAGUUGCCAAAGUGUUCGGGGGAGGUGAAGUAUGGAUCGGACGAGAAGGAGAGGGAGGGUGAACCUCCUGGAUCUCAGAGCUCACCACUCCACAUCAUAGAGCUACACAGACAUGGUCCGACUAAAGCUCCGUCUGCUAAGGACUUCUGUGAAGUGCAGUGCCGGGGUAUGGUCAGAGAGCCUCUCAGUGAGGUCUGUGUACUAAGCACAGAGCGGAGAGCCAGGCCUGGCAACGAUAGCAGACAGAGUUCUCUCACCCCUCAGUCCUCCCUGUCUUCCUGCCAGGGAGCGCUACUCUCUCUAAGGAUGGACUCGGAGUCCAGGACGCCAGUCACUUGCUUCGCCGACGACCUGGCCACCACGGUGGUUUCCAUGGCCACCGAGCUCGCAGCCAUCUACCUGGAGAACUCCAGCGGCAAGCAGCCGUGGUUCUGCGCUCUGAAGGGGGCGUCCGGGGAGGGCGCCGAGGCGUACCUGCUGCCCUGCCGCUCCGCCCUGCGGAGGAAGGAGGGCCAGAAUGGCGGCGUGGCCUCCAAGAAGCACCGCCCCCCGCGCCUCAGCGAGAUCAAGAGGAAGACGGAGGAGCAGCCGGAGUUGAUGGAGCGUCUGGUGAACCAAGUGGUCGACGAGACGGUCCACCCGGACGACCCCCUGGACCCCUUCGCCCUGUUCGCCUCCGAAGUCACCGCCAGGAUCAUGAACUGCCCCGAGCUCAGCGUGGUGGACACCUCCAAGCCCGGCCAGCCCCGCUGCAGGCUGCCGUGCGAGCGGUGGAGCCGGGGCAAGCCGGCCAGCUACGAGAGCAUCCCAGAGGAGGACGCGGACCCCUCAGGGGCCCCCAACACCCUGGGGCCCGGCAGUCGACUGGGCCAGAACCUGAGCAGGGGCAGCUCCAUCUCCAAGCAGUCCAGCUGCGAGAGCAUCACGGACGAGUUCUCCAGGUUCAUGGUGAACCAGAUGGAGACCGAGGGCAGGGGCUUCGACCUGCUGCUGGACUACUACGCGGGGAAGAACGCCAGCAGCAUCCUCUCCGCCGCCGUGCAGCAGGCCGCCACCAAGAAGAACGGCCACCUCAACGUGCGAGCCCCCUCCUGCCUGUCCAAGCAGUCCAGCACGGAGAGCAUCACGGAGGAGUUCUACCGCUUCAUGCUCCGGGACAUGGACAAGGAGAACAAGGACUACCGCAUAGCCAAGACCAAGGAGUGGAGUAACAGCUUACAACCUCCGUCCCUCCGGACCCCGUUCUGUAUCCGCCAGUCCUCAGUCCCCGACAGGCGCUCCUCCGACUCCAGGCUGACCGUGAACUCCCCCGUCAAAGCCAACUCUUUCGAUGGGUUCGCCCGCAACGUCCGCGGAGACACGCUCAACAUCUACCCCGCGAACUCGGCGUCGGCCUCGGGCCUGUGCAAGUCCGACUCCUGCCUGUACCAGCGAGGCCACACCGACCAGAUCACCGACAUGCUGAUCCACGACACCUGGUCCAGCUCUAUCGAGUCCCUGAUGAGGAAGAACAAGAUCAUCGCCGACCCAGAGGACAGUAUAGACCUGGACGGAGCAGGGGACCAUCCUCAUGUCCAGCAGCACGCCAGCCGUCUGGCGGCAGACAUUAUGGAGGCCGGGAGGUCGGCCCUGGGAGGCCAGCAGGAGGCGGGUGGGGUGACGACUGACCGGAAGCAGCACAUGCCUGUGGGGGAGAAGAGGAGAGGCUUCAAGCAGUCCCGCCCCAGCUGCAGCCGCAGCAGGGCCAGCCAGGAGCAGGCUGGCGGGGGGGUAGGUGACGUCAGCACGCCCCCCGCGAGGGGCACCAGGGAGGUGCCUCUGAUCCACAUCGAGGGCGAUCAGAGGGACGAGCUACACAGGGAUCCAGGAAGGGCUGACAAUCACCCCCGGGACUUGGCGCCACACGUGACGUGUCAGAGGCGGGCAGACAGAGGGUUGGCGAGCCUCAGCAGCAGUGAAAGAGACAGGGCAGCGGGGGAUGCCGCAGGGGAGCGUAACAAGCGCUCCCUGAGUGCUAGUAGUGAGGAGAGCACAGGAAGCUGGUCCCACAUCGCCCCUGACGACGACCCCCACGAGGAGAACAGUAGUUUUAUCCAACUGAGCGAGGGGAACGGAAACAGCAGUGCCUCCAGUCUCGGGUUAGGAGACCUGGAGACUUUCCCUGACAUGCCCAACCAAAGCUCAUUAGGAAGUGAGGAGGCCGAGAAGGCUCAGCUGUCAGAGACCAAGGAGAAUGUUGACGAGGGAAUCUCAGUCCGCACCGUAAGGGCCAGCUGCAGCCAGCGGGAGCUGCUGGUGGUGAACUGGGAGCUAAAUCCUGAGUGCGUGGACCCAGAGUUACGACUGGUGCUCCAGUGGAUUGCUGCGUCAGAGUUGGGCCUCCAGGCCCUUUAUUUCCGGUGGUCCAGAGAGAUGAUCACAGCCAAGUUCCAGAGGGUGCUCCAGCACGUGUCCAGGAAGGCUUGGAGAAUUGCUGAUCUCUUUGGAGCUGUUGUUCAAUUCUGCCAGCUCCCCCAAGAAGACAAUACGGGAGAAGCUCUCUCCAGCCUCUUUGACUGGCUGCUGGAGAACCACUAGGCUGUCCUAGCAUGUUCUCUCUCUCACACAUACACACACACACACACAUAUUCCUGCUGUGUGCACCUGCCCACAACCCCUAGUGUAAAGCUCCCUUAGGAUUCCUCCGCUGCAUCCCCGAGAACCCUCCCCUUCUCUGUCCUCUACUAGACCCGGGAGAAAGCCUCUCUAUUGAACUGCUGUUAACCAACUAGUCUCCCUCAUGCUCAGAUCAGCAUGUUUCACUCUCUGCACAUCCCUUGUGAGAUUAGCCCUAGAAAAAAAACAAGCAUCAGGUGGGAUGUAACUUUGUAGUGAAAGUAAACCUCAGAGAUUCUAUCUAGCCUGCUGCUUUUUACAGCCAAAUAUGUAUUUAUUCUAUAUUACUGAACACCAAUGCAAGUGUUUUUUUAUCUCUUCCACUGAAGUACCAGGCAAUGUAACAAUAUGCUCCCCAUUUCCCAUCCCUCCCUUUAAAGACACACUCAUGUACACAGUUGAACAGCUACCAUGGUACAAGCCUGCAAGUAAAUGUAGAUCUGCCUAUAAAUCCACCACUUCUACAGACAGAUACAGAUGUGCACUUCACUUAAAAAAACAGCUCAAAUGUCCAUAUAGUUGAUGUUUACAUUGGCGACAUGUCCACUUUGGUUGUGACCCUGAAAUUGAACUAUAAGUAUGUUAUUUGUUGUUCAUGUUCUUUGAAUUUUGUUCUUUAGCAUAGCUGUAAAUAGUGAAUAUUCUGAACUGCACCUUGGGUAAAAGACUCACCGCAAAAUAUUAUCAUUCAGUUUUUGUAACUACAGAAAGACAGAGGUAUAUCAAGGUUUGUAAUGUCCAGUUGGUGUGUGACACUGGUUUCUGCGUAGUGGUACUGUGUUUAAUCAACAUUAAAAGCACACGAUUCAACUGUCAACUCUGUUGCUGUAGAACUGAAUGUAUCUUUUCAAACCAAUAAAUGUAUGUGAUC